GUGAUGAUAAUGGGUCGCCACGGAAGCAAACACGACAUAAACCCUUCAGACGUGAACUAUAGGGCAAACCUGUGGACACUGAGACAGUUGGGCGCCACUCAUGUCUUAGUGACCACUGCCUGCGGCUCUCUUAAGCUGGAGCUGAGUCCGGGAGACUUCGCGGUCGUCGACCAAUACAUCGACCGGACGUGUCUUCGGAAGCGAACCUUCUAUAAGGUGUCACACAUUCCUCAGGUGCGACCCUUUGAGCCGAAAGUGCAGCAAAUACUGGAAGACAGUUGCGCUGAACUGGGCCUCAAGUGUCACCCGAAGGUGACGACUGUCACCAUAGAAGGUCCGCGUUUCUCAACGUUAGCCGAGUCCAGGCUUUACAAGAGUUGGGGCGCAGACAUCGUCAACAUGACUACCGUUCCCGAGGCUCAGUUGGCCGCGGAGUUGGGACUCAUUUACGGAGCGCUGGCUUUAGUCACGGAUUACGACUGUUGGCACGAAUCCGAUGACGAGUCCGUUAGCGUUGAUCUCGUGAUGAACCGA